CGUUCAAUGCUGGCAGAGUGAAGAGCGAGAGUGCGAACUGAGCGAGAAGAUGGCAAACGCAUCUGCAAAUGUACCACCGCCCGAGGUGUCCACCCCGACGACCUCCCCAGCGCAAUCUGCAGACCCAAACCAACCGUCCCGCUCAUUCUGGGGCCGAGCGGCCGCGUGGACCAAGCGGUACGUGCGACGGCUCAGAGGCCAGGGCUCGCAUGCGCAUCCAUUCCCACGCCGCCCAACCUGGCGCACCAUCUACGCCACAUUCAUCGGAAGCUUCACUGGUAUUGCGGCUUGUGCGGCGCUUCAGUACAAUGCAUCGUUCAUCGAGGACAACGAUCUUGCCAUGCUGAUCGGAUCGUUCGGAGCAACUGCGGUGCUCGUAUACGCCGUCAUUGACUCGCCGCUUUCCCAGCCCCGCAAUGUCUUUUUUGGGCAUAUUCUGUCGGCAUUCAUUGGAGUCUGCAUGGAGAAAAUAUUUGGUCAAUCGCCCUCGACACUGUGGCUGUCUUGCGCGCUUGCCGUAUCCCUGUCGAUCACGGCCAUGCAAUUGACUCGCACGGUCCAUCCCCCAGGUGGAGCAACCGCGCUGAUUGCAGUUACGGGCUCGCAGACCCUUCGGGAUCUUGGCUUUCUUUACAUUGUGAUUCCAGUCGGUGCGGGUGUCACGUUGAUGCUGUUGAUAGCCCUGCUGAUCAACAACAUCUUUCGAUCGUACCCGCUUUUCUGGUGGCGCCCUCGCAAGACCGCGAGAGUUGUUGCCGUGCCAGAGCCAGCACCCGGUGUGCUGCCAAUGUCGAAUACGCCGGUGGAUGUUCUCGUCUCGACACCACCCGCGCCCUCGUCAACUCAGCAACUUGCUGCCCCAGUGGCUGUCCCCGGCGCCAGCCCCGCCGCCAUGCCGUCGUCAUCCAACCUGUACGCAAGACCCGCCUCCCUGUCAGCAUCCUCCUCAUCAUCGUCUUCUGAUUCCACGGAAACGGCCGAGUUGGGUGACAUUACUGCCGCAGAGGGCGUCCAAGUCGAUGAAACGAGAAUUGAUACGCCACUAUGACCGCCAGCACUUGACGUCUACUGCUCAUCUUGUAUUCUACUCACUCACUCACUCACUCACUCACUCAGACCUGCCCACUACAGUAUUCCUAACGCGACACACUAUGAUCGACUGAUCUUUCAAUACAGCUUUUUGUUUUUGCGUCCAA